ACGAGAGUUGCCAGAUGAAUUUUAACGUUGCCUUGGUAACGGUUUUCACUUGAUUUUAUUGUCAAAAGAAAAUAAAAACAAAUAUAAAGGACUAAGCAAGACAAAAUAAUAAUGUUUCGUCGUGGAAAACUAUCCUUUCUAAACACCAAAGAUGACCGAGUUAAAAUAAUUAACGAGCGCAUAAACAUAACAGAAAGGCAUCUAAUGGAGAUGUGCUCUUCGUUUGCUUUGGUAACUCGGAAAAUGGCCAAAUAUCGAGACUCCUUUGAUGAGUUGGCCAAGAGUGUGAAGAGCUAUGGCGACGACGAGGAAAUCAACGAGAGUCUCUGUCAGGGACUGAAGAGCUUCACCAAUGCGGUCACCAUAAUGGGUGAUUAUAUGGACAUCAAUGUACACCGAUUGGAACACAAGAUUGUCAACGAGUUGGCGCAAUUCGAGCAGCUUUGCAAGUCCACAAGGGACAAUCUUCGACUGGCUGUCAUAGCGCGGGAUAAGGAGGUACUACGUCAGCGCCAGAUGCUUGAACUCAAGUCCAAGUUUUCUGCAAACAAUAGUGCCGCCGAUUCGGAGUUGUUUAAGGCCAAAAUGGAGGUGCAGCGCACAAACAAGGAGAUAGACGACAUUAUUGGCAACUUCGAGCAGCGGAAGUUGCGCGACUUGAAGCAGAUAAUCAGCGAUUUUAUACUGAUCUCCAUGAACCAGCACACCAAGGCAUUGGAGAUUCUCAGUGCAAGCUACUAUGAUAUUGGAACCAUUGAUGAGCGCGACGAUUUUCUAGAGUUUCAGAAACUCAUGAAGACCAAGGAAGAGCCGGCUUCCAGGAAAGCUGCGCUCAAAAAGGGACUGCGCUCCCAGUCGAUGGAUAGCUUGGAGCACGAGCACCUGGUCAGUCCGCUCAAGAGGCGCCAGAAGUUGUCCAGGAGCAAUAAGAAUCUGGCAGGAGCCGGAAUCAAUCAUGGAAGUAAGACAGAACCCGAAGAUGAAACCGACGAGCAGGAUGAAGAGGAUGAUGAUGAAGAUGAGGAAACCGAGCAAAGUGGCGAUGAGGAAGAGGAAUCUGGAACGGCAACGGAUGACGAGAGGGAGUCCACGCAGCCGGUCAACCAGGUCACUCCGCGGGAGAAUGUUUUUGGGGCCAAGAUCCGAACUGCCAGCAAGGAUUUAGCCACGCCAUCGACCAGCGCCAGUGCUCCUUCGAAGCCCAGCAGACAAACGGUCAAACAUCCCUUCAAGGCGGUGGCCUCCACCCAUGUAAGGAAGCACAAAUCGGGAACUGGUCGCCUGGUAACCGUUGUUAAAUCGAAGUCCUGAACACCCAAAUAGCAGGGAAUUUACAAUUCUCGAAUUUUUAAUUUAUAAAUAGAAACUAAACGGCAAUAAUUCAAAAUUAUUGGCCAUUGCUCAGAAAAGAAUUACUUUACUUAAAUUAUGAUGUGCCCCGAGCGGGCGAAACUUAAAACUAUGCAAUAAAUGGAUGAGCAAAUGUGUUCUUUUUCUUUUCUUUUCUUGGGGAGCAGCUGGGUGCGAAGGAGAUUAAAUGAAUGUGAGAACCUGGAAUUGUAAACUUGAUACGGGUGACUGGGUGCCAGGUGUUCGAUGUAUGUAUCUAAUGGUAUUGGGAUGCAAUUUCCGUAUGGGCGUGGCCGGGCCAGCGCUACGGAUCUCAUUUCUCCGGUCCCUGACCCUCGAUCCCGGCCUGGUUCAUCA